AUGGUAUCAUCCAAGUUUCUGGCUUUAGCCGCGACAGCAUCCCUAGCUCUGGGAUCUCCCCUCCCCCUUCCCGCGGGAUUCCGCCUCUCACUGCGCGAAGACAGACCGUUUAACGCAAGCCUACCAAAUGUAACCAUCUUCGCAACAGGCGGCACCAUCGCCGGGAGCGCAAGCUCCAGCGACCAAACAACAGGGUACCAAGCCGGCGCUCUCGGCGUCGACGUUCUCAUCGACGCAGUACCGGAGCUCUGGAACGUGUCCAACGUGCGCGGCGUACAAGUCUCAAACGUGGGGUCCGAAGCCGUGACUCCGGCCGUCCUCCUCAACCUCGCGCAACGCGUGCAAGCCGCUCUCGAUGAUCCACUAUGUCAAGGCGCGGUCAUAACACACGGCACCGACACAUUAGAAGAAUCCGCAUUCUUCGUUGAUUUAGUAAUCCGCUCCGAAAAACCCGUUGUUUUCGUAGGCGCCAUGCGCCCCGCAACAGCCAUCAGCGCCGAUGGUCCAAUUAAUCUCCUCGAAGCCGUGACCCUUGCCGCGGACCCGGAUGCGCGGGGUCGGGGCACGAUGAUUGUGUUGAAUGAUCGGAUCGGAACCGCGUUUUAUACUACCAAGACCAAUGCCAAUUCGUUGGAUACGUUUAAAGCAGUUGAGCAGGGAUAUUUGGGCUUCUUCAUUAAUAUCAAGCCGAAGUUUUAUUUCGCGCCGGCGUUGCCGUGGAAAAAACCGUAUUUCGAUGUUACGAAUGCGACGAGUCUGCCGCAGGUUGAUAUUCUUUUCGGACACCAGGCGCUCAAUCCGGCUCUAGCGACGGCUGCGGUCGCGAGCGGGGCGAAAGGGCUCGUGUUGGCUGGUAUGGGAGCUGGGGGUUGGACUACGGAGGGAGAUGCUGCGAUCGACGAGGUCAUAAAGAAUAACGGCACUGCUGUAGUCUACUCGCGACGGUCGAUGGAUGGGUACGUUGAGCCGGAGGGUGAUAUUGAAUUUGUGUAUGGAGGUGGACUUCUAAACCCGCAGAAGUCGCGUAUUAUGCUGCAAUUGGCUCUUUAUGCCGGAUACGAGGAUGCUCAGCUGAGGACAUUAUUCGAACUCGAUGGAUAA